AGCACCAAAGUGAGCGCCACCAACCGCUUCAUAGCCUUACCAUCACCCCUCUCUAAAAACAAUGAGAGCACAAUUGUUCUUCGUCUUUAUUCACUUCACCAUCCUCACUACCAACAGCAUUUUUGUCACUUCCCAGUCAUCUUCAUUAGCAGAAACACCGCUAAAAAAGGUUGAUAAUGAGACCAUUUACAAGGUCUCCAAGCAACUCUGUUGGGGUUGUUUAGGAGAGUCACUACAAUUCUUGUUUGCGCAUAAUUUAGUAAGGGCAGCCAAAUGGGAGCUACCCUUGAUGUGGGACUUUCAGCUUGAAAAAUAUGCAGGAUGGUGGGCUGGCCUAAGAAAAGCAGACUGCAAACUGCAACAUUCAUUUCCAGAAUAUGAUUUCAAGCUAGGAGAAAAUAUUUAUUGGGGGAGUGGCUCCACAUGGACACCAACCGAUGCAGUGGGUACCUGGGCUGGUGAAGAGAAGUACUAUAAUUAUGCACAAAACACAUGUCAGGAGGGUCAAAUGUGCGGACACUAUACACAGAUUGUGUGGAAGACUACGAGGAGAAUUGGGUGUGCUCGUGUUGUCUGUGAUGAUGGGGAUGUGUUCAUGACUUGUAACUAUGAUCCUCCUGGUAAUUAUGUUGGUGAAAGGCCAUAUUAACGCGUACCAUAAUAAAUCUAGUAGGGUGCUCGGAGCCUGAAAUUAUCAGGAUUGGAUGAUGAUAUGCAUGAUCAGUACAGGAUUGCUUCCUAGGUAUUUUCGUGCUCAAUAUGAUUACCAUACUUGUAUGUAUGUACGGGUGAAUUAUUGUAGUAUUUACCUGAAUUUAAAAUAAAAUCUCAUAUGUAGUAAUAUAGGAUCAAUUUAAAUACUAUUCCUAAAUUACUGUUCCUCUUGCACAA